ACGUGAUUGGCUUUGUCUAGUCGUUGGAGAUUUUUCGGCUGCCCAUCAGACUACGAAGAAAGCUUAAUGAGCGACGAAUCUUAUCCUUUGUGAAUUGAAACGAAUGUACCGGUACGAACAAGAUUAGCAGUCCUGGUAGUCUUGUUGGGAAAAUACCUGUAUAAAUAGCAAGACUUUGGGCUUGAGUUUGGAUCUUUGUACAAUAAAAAUUUUGGAAAAUUUGACUGGCAAAAAAGUCGCAACGUGCGGGGAUGUCUCAAGACGGGAGCAAAAAGAAGGCUCGCCGAGACGAGGAUGAGAUGCUCCCGGAAGUCGAGGAGAUGCUGGCUCGCGGUGAAGACGCCAGGGUAGAAGAAGUGGUCGGAAUGACGGGAGAUUCGGUGUUACGCUUCUAUCCAGAGGAGGCCGAAAGCGCUCAAGAUGCGGAUGCAGAAAGAAAUAAUGCUGCGAGUGAAAAUGCUGGACAAGUGGGUAGUAAUGUUGACGAGAAUAAUGGACUAUCGAGCAUGGAUAAGAAGAAGGAUGAGGAUGACAUCGCAAACGAAACUGCAAAUAAGACAACUCGGAAGGUAAGGCAGUUUGGAGACAGUAGUGAGGAUGAGACAAAAGUUGAGACGGAGCAAGAGGUACGAGAACGGCUGGAGCAAGAAGAGCGACUACGGGAAGCCGAGCGUCGCGAACAGUUGCGUUUAGAGCAAAAGAGGCGAGUGCGAGAGGCACGGGAGGCGGCUGCCGCGGAGAGACAUACCCGAGUGCGGGCCUACAUGGAUACGCCAGGGAUUGCCGGAGUACAGAUUUUCGUUCGGAAUCCUCAGAACUACAAUGAGACGUAUUUCGAGGAUUUGGUCUGCGUCACUGCCCCAGCUUAUCGUAUGCGCAUUAGCAUUGGCACGCUGCUUCGAGAGUUCGACCCGUUCAAAUGGCGUGGCUACUCGAACGACAUUUUGAAUCGCUUGCAUCACAGCGACGUCAUCGAGCGCACGGCGUUUAAGGAAAAAGGACGGAUCAAUGAGGUGCGAUUUGCUGCUAUGAUGCAAAACAAUCUGGAGAAAAUUUCGGAACGUUUAGCGAAAGUACAACAUGCGCUGACCGUGUGUUGGCACAAGCUUGGGACAAAAGACAUCAGCCGUACUAUUGAUGCAGUUGACACGAAAAGCAUUGAUUAGUCUACACACUUGUGAUUGAGUACCGCUUUUUGCAGUUGUCCACAUUCUUUCUGGAAAAUUGUUGUACUAACCUUUGCCGAUAAAAAAAUGAAAUUCAUAUCUGCUUGCUACCAGCAGGCAGAGAUCAAAAAAUCCGUUGCUUUGAGGCACUUAUGAAUUGAUACAAGAAUUCAAUUUUGGCCACAACAGAUGAGUACCUGAUCAACUUCAUGCAGUGCAUGAUGGCACCGACUCGCAAUUCAGCUGUUUCGUUGCGGUUCGAACUUAGCCGUCUGAAGGACCGAUUUGAGCGGUAUCGCGAGACGACCACUCAACGGUUUUUGCGCUUGGCAGAUUUUCACCGCAAGAGGAGAAUUCGCAGCUGGUCACUCGCCAUGUUGCUGCAAUCACAGGAAAUGUCACAUCGCUUAAAGCGCAUGGAGGAGUACGUGAAUCGCGAGAACAUGUGGAAGCGGAAGAGCAGCUUUUUCGGAGCCUGGUCGCUCUACGUUAUGAAGAAUGGCUACGAAUCGAAAAUCCAGUAUCUGAACAACCGGGUGGUGAUUUUGACCCGAAAGGUACAGGAAAUGGAGAAAGAUCGACUGCUGGCCGAUGCCAAAGAGGAGAAACUCUUGAACGAGUUGGCUCGCAUGAUCGCUCGCCAAUUGGCACAGUUUCUGAAGCAGAAAUGUUAUCGCGCACUGCAGCGGCAGUGGAUGGACAUGAAGGUGUUGCGACUAAAGAACCACAUUGAGCGCGUAGAAAAGCGAUUGUCGGAAACUCAGGAAGAUCUUGACGUGAAGACCGAGGAAUGCGAAAAACUAGAACAGUCUCUGAAAAAUUACACCGAACGCACAAGAGUCGCGGAAGCCGUGCGCGGGAAGCUAGUAGAAUACCUGGGCGGAAAAAUACGCGGAUAUCUGAACAAAGGCAUGCAGGGGUGGAAGGAAGCUUGUAGAAGGUACUUUACUUCAGGGGAGGCUUAUUAUAGGUGAUUGCGAUUAGUUCUGUUUUAUUAUUGUCUCAGUUAUUGUGGAAUCAAUUCCCCAGAUCCGCAAGAACAUGUCCAGCUUAAAACGUGAUCUGACACUGUCGCGUUAUUGAUGUGACAAUGCCUCACAUCUCCAACCGCCUUUUCAACAUAGAUCGUGGCGUCUUCGCGUGACUGCACUAGAAAGAGAGGUUGUGCAGGAAAAGCAACGUGCAGCGGACUCCAUGCGCCUUUGCAACGAGGCGGAAAGCAAAGUUGCGGGUCUCUUGCAGAUAAUUGAAGAGAAGGACGCACUCCUGAAGCAAGGUGACCGUGAAAAGGGCGAAAUAGCAGAGCACUUCAGCGAGGCCUUGAAGAUCGCCCAAGGUGGAAAGUGCAUGCCCGCUUUGCCUUCUGCGUUUCUUUGUCGGGACUGCGGGAACGAAUUGUACUACAAGGCGCGUGACGAGCGGGAUGAGGCCAUUCUGAAAUCGUUGGCGGACGACGCAGCACCGAAGAUGCAGUUCUUUCAACAGCGCAUCCACAAUUUUGUAGAGGCCAAGAAACAGCAGACGCGAAAUAAAAGUUUCGGUGUAGAUCCUUCGAUGCUCUCGCCGCGGUCUCCGCGCCGCACACAGCCGCUUUUACCUGCGACCUCACCGCGGCGGGAACGAGAACAUGCACCAGGAACCUUUAGGCCGAUUUAUGGGGUGGAGCGCACGGCUGACGAGAAGGUGCAGCUCGCACAGGUGAAAGCCACAACUCUGUUGCAAGAGCACGCAGCGGCGGCUGAGCGACGACGAUUGAAUGGCAGCGACGAAGAACGUGCCGAAAAAGCGCACCAAAUCGUAGAAGAACGACAGAGCAAGAACUUUUUUCGAGCGCUGAAACAGCAGGAGACGGAACUGUUGGCGAAGCAGACGUCACCUCGACCGACUAUGCCAUGUGCAACCCCGUCGAUAGAGGACGUAGAAAGAGUUGGUUCCUCAUUCCCGCGACAGAUGUGUGAAGCGCAAUUGCCGAAGCAAACUGACACGCAUGCGCUACUCCUGCCUUCACAUUCGAUACCCCGAGAGUUCCAGAAGUGAAGCUUUACAUGGCCUUCGUUGCUGGAGAAAUUUUCAGAUCUUCGAAAUGACAGUUGAAAUCGAGCGUCAAGUGAGCACACCAGGCACAUAAUUUAGCAUGUUCAUCCCCAUUCCGUUCAUGAUGCACAGAAGAGUCUCCUGCGCAGAGAAAUGUACAGAAGAUACAGCUGGUUCAUUUAGUACGUAACAUGCGCGACAGAAAGAAGGCACAUAAUGAGAACAUAAUCACAAAGUACACCAUAGAGCUUGGAUUUCCACCUGCGGUCGAGUGUCAGGAUCAGACACCGGGGUGCAUGUUUUGCAAGAUGUGAUAUUUUUGAGUUGCUGACCUGCAAUGAGUGGACGAGUCUGUUCCGAGGCCUCCGUAUGAGCGAUCAGUAAAUGUACAUUGUGCGAGUUGGUUACAUUUUCACGGCGAUGCUACAAGCUAUCCUUGGACCUACGUUUGCUGUGCGUGCAAAGCCUAGCCAAAA